GGCUAGGGAGGGCGCCCAGGCAAACGCGCGCCUUCGCAGCGCACCGCGGGGAGCAGGACAAAUUUGUGAGCAGAGAGAGCGGGCGGGGUAUCUGUGAGGAGUUUCCCGCGGCGUUCCCAAGUUACUGCGUGCUGUCGUGAGAUGUGCUUCUGCCUGGCAGGACAGGCGUGAGGACCGAGCUCUCAUGCGCUUGGCCAGGAAAGCAAUGUUGACAGACACCAGGCACAACGAGAGGCAAGUAGGGUAAGAGCGAAUCUCAGCUCAUUCCAGAUGCAGAGGUAAACAACCGCCGUUUGCACCGCUGUCCUCAAAGAGGUACCCAGCGGACCCUUCCCUGAACCUUGGACUGAUGCUGGCGCAACUCCGGGCAGCCUGUACCGCCGGCUUCUGCAGAGGUCUUGGCUGGAAGGUGUGUGCCUGUGGGAGCAGGAAUCCUUUGAACUGUCUACACUAGACCUCUUUGGCCUUGUGUGGAUGUGGAAAUCACUUAAGGUUGCUUUCCCCUCCUUGUAAUUAGUAUUCCGCUGAUCGGGUGCAUCUGCAGGGUUUGCCUCUGGCUCCUCCUCGUUGAACCUUAGGUGUGAGCUGGGAAAAGGGCGCCCUGCUUCUCUGGAAUGUAUGCUGUGCUUGGACUUCUUCUUGGGUUCACUUGGCACAAGGCUAGUUGCUGGUAUUCAGCCUUCUAGCGUGGAUUAAUACAAAAGGACCUUUGCUCUGAAUGCCUUCACGUUUUAUAUCCUUAACCCUUCGGAUUUCUUAGAUGUCAUAGUUCAGGUACCUAUUACACCAUUCCUUGGCAAGGGCUGCUCAGCACUGGUGACCUCUUCCAGUGCAGCACUCUACAAAUUAUUAUCUCUGGACUCCCAGCUGACACACUGCCGGAGCCACAAGCCACCAAGCCAGCUAGAACUGUGCCUAUCCUCUUGUCAAGGUUUUUUUCUUAUACAGGGAAAAGGAAGAAAAAAAAAGAUGAAGCUGGGCAAAGUAGAGUUGUGCCAUUUUCUACAGCUUAUAGCUCUCUUCUUGUGCUUCUCUGGGACAAGUCAAGCUGAGCUGCCAAGGUCCAGAUCCAAGCCGUAUUUUCAGUCAGGAAGAUCCCGAACCAAGCGCAGUUGGGUGUGGAAUCAGUUCUUCGUGCUGGAAGAAUACAUGGGUUCAGAACCCCUCUAUGUAGGCAAGCUUCACUCUGAUGUUGAUAAAGGAGAUGGUUCCAUCAAAUACAUCUUGUCAGGCGAAGGGGCGAGUUCCAUUUUCAUUAUUGAUGAGAACACUGGGGAUAUUCAUGCCACCAAGAGACUGGACCGGGAGGAGCAGGCCUAUUACACACUCAGAGCCCAAGCUCUGGACAGACUCACCAACAAGCCUGUGGAGCCCGAAUCCGAGUUUGUUAUCAAAAUCCAGGAUAUCAAUGACAAUGAGCCCAAAUUUCUGGAUGGCCCAUACACAGCAGGAGUUCCUGAAAUGUCUCCUGUGGGGACUUCAGUGGUACAAGUGACAGCCACAGAUGCUGAUGAUCCUACCUAUGGCAACAGUGCUCGGGUGGUCUACAGUAUUUUGCAAGGACAGCCAUAUUUUUCUGUGGAACCAAAGACAGGAGUCAUCAAGACUGCCCUUCCAAACAUGGAUAGAGAGGCUAAAGACCAGUAUUUGCUUGUCAUUCAGGCAAAGGAUAUGGUUGGUCAAAAUGGCGGACUAUCUGGAACCACUUCAGUUACCGUGACCCUAACUGACGUCAAUGAUAACCCACCUCGCUUUCCACGAAGAUCUUACCAGUAUAAUGUUCCAGAAUCUUUGCCUGUGGCAUCAGUCGUGGCCAGAAUUAAAGCUGCUGAUGCAGAUAUAGGAGUUAAUGCAGAAAUGAAAUACAAAAUAGUGGAUGGUGAUGGAUUGGGUAUUUUCAAAAUAUCUGCUGACAAAGACACACAGGAAGGAAUCAUUACAAUACAAAAGGAACUCGAUUUUGAAUCCAAGACAAGUUAUACGCUGCGCAUAGAAGCUGCAAAUCGUGAUGCCGAUCCCCGCUUCCUAAGUUUGGGUCCCUUCAGUGACACAACAACCGUAAAGAUAAUCGUGGAAGAUGUGGAUGAGCCCCCUGAGUUUUCCUCACCCUUGUACCCAAUGGAGGUGUCAGAAGCAACACAGGUGGGAAAUAUCAUUGGCACUGUAGCAGCUCAUGACCCGGAUUCUUCUAACAGCCCUGUAAGAUAUUCAAUUGACAGAAACACAGAUUUGGAGAGAUAUUUCAAUAUCGAUGCCAACAGUGGAGUUAUCACUACUGCUAAAUCAUUGGAUCGAGAGACAAAUGCUGUUCAUAACAUUACAGUCCUCGCAAUGGAAAGUCAGAAUCCAUCUCAGGUUGGGAGAGGCUAUGUGGCCAUCACUAUACUGGACAUUAAUGACAAUGCACCCGAGUUUGCCAUGGACUAUGAAACCACUGUCUGUGAAAACGCUCAGCCUGGACAGGUUAUCCAGAAAAUCAGUGCUGUAGAUAAAGAUGAGCCAUCUAAUGGACACCAGUUUUACUUCAGCUUAACAACAGAUGCAACAAAUAACCACAACUUUUCAUUGAAAGAUAACAAAGACAACACAGCUUCAAUACUCACCAGGAGAAAUGGCUUCCGCAGACAGGAACAGUCAGUUUACUAUCUGCCAAUUUUCAUUGUGGACAGUGGAUCUCCUUCACUGAGUAGUACCAACACACUUACCAUCCGUGUCUGUGACUGCGAUGCUGACGGCAUCGCGCAGACCUGCAACGCUGAGGCCUAUGUUCUGCCUGCCGGCCUUAGCACCGGGGCCCUGAUAGCAAUCCUGGCCUGCGUCUUGACGCUAUUGGUGCUGAUCCUGCUCAUCGUCACUAUGAGAAGACGGAAAAAAGAGCCUCUUAUUUUUGACGAGGAGAGGGAUAUUAGAGAAAACAUUGUCAGGUACGAUGACGAAGGUGGAGGAGAAGAAGAUACUGAAGCCUUUGACAUGGCCGCUCUGAGAAACCUCAACGUCGUACGAGACACCAAAACCCGCAGAGAUGUGACUCCUGAAAUUCAGUUCUUGAGUCGACCGACUUUUAAAAGCAUCCCAGAUAAUGUAAUUUUUAGGGAAUUUAUUUGGGAAAGACUGAAAGAAGCUGACGUGGAUCCAGGGGCUCCUCCAUAUGACUCUCUGCAGACCUAUGCUUUUGAAGGAAAUGGCUCAGUUGCUGAAUCUCUCAGUUCCUUAGAUUCCAUCAGCUCAAACUCUGAUCAGAAUUAUGACUACCUAAGUGACUGGGGUCCCCGCUUUAAACGGCUGGCUGACAUGUAUGGAAACGGCCCAGAGAGUUUUUACUCAUAGCCUCAGUUCACUUGAAAUGUACUGAAUAAAAAGGCAGCAGCAAAAAGAGAAAAAAUGAAAGCAAAGAGAAGGAAAAGGGGGAAGUAUUACAUGCAGUAAACAAGAACUUUCACUUGUGGGCCAAAAGAGGUUGUAAAUAUGUGUCCAUUUUUAACUAUUACGGUUUCUGCCUUGAUGAAACAUUCACUAGAUUAUCCAAGGGAUUUCACUGACCAGACUCUGAGCAUUUAAAGUUUUUUUUUCUUUUCUUUCUUUUUAAAUUUUAAUUGUUUAUUUAUUUGAUAAAAAGAAAUACUUAGUAGUUUGUGAAUAGAUAGCAACUUUUGUAUACUUGCAAAGGCACCUAAGCUGCCUGAUAAAGUCAUGUCCUAUGUUUUCAGUGAGCCAAGGACAGCCUGCCUAAACAUUCAUGGUACCCUCUCUGAGAAGAAUAGAGCAUGGUGUGCCAUUGAAAAAUCCCAGAACUUCUUGCUUAUCAAAUCUUGGGAGAUUUUGAUUUCUACUGAAGCUUUUAGGCUUGCUAUAUGAUAGAGUUCAACACAAUUUUAUUUAUGCUGGUGCUCAGAAAUGUUUUACUUUAUUUAUCAAUAUAUAAAUCCUCAUAACUUUACUAAGUGAAACUCUCAAUAAAAACCAAUAAAAUUGAAUUUAAGGCAACAUAAAUCACUGUUUUGCCAAUAAAUUAUAGGAAGUGUUCUCAAUAAGGAAAAGGUAAAUAAUUCUUCAAGGUUCAAGUAGUUUUGAAAUGCUUGUGUAGGUAUGAUUUAAAACAAUAGUUGCUGUCUAUUUGUUAAUUUUUAUAAUCUCUCCCGAUUUAUACAGGAGAAUAUAUUUUAUUUGACACAUAGUGGUGUGUUUAUCUGGAGCUCCAGCCUCCACUCUGUUCAGGUUCAUCUUACUGCCUCAUGGUGUUCAGCUCAUCAGCACGUACUGGCUUUUCUGCAGUUUGGAUUACAGGAAGGAGAUGAAACAUGGAAAUAGCGAAAUAACUGCACAACAACUGAGCCUCAUUGCCGUCCAUAUCUCAAAGAGGAGCCAAGCUCCAAGGAUGUACAAAAUUUUCCUCUGAGCCACUAGAGAGAGCAAAACUGUGGGAAUAAAAUAUUUGUAUUUCAUUAAGACUUUGGGGAGAGUAGAGAUUUUUCAUUGAUGCAGGAAUUAUUUUCCAAAAUCAUGAGCUCUAAGUGCUCCAAAGACUGUUCAAGGACCUGUUUCCCAACUUCUUUUGCUCUAAACAUUGACUGAAAGGUUGAGUUUUUAAAUAUAUUUUAAAAAGUAUGAUGGUAUACAUUUUCAACCCAUUGUGUCCCCCAAGGACUGAAAGACAUGUAAUUUCUCUACAGUUUAGAUGUGCCAAAGGGAAGGGAGAAAUAUCAAGUAAUUAUAUGUGCUUAAGAUUGAGAUGGAUGUCUCAGCAUAAGAUGACUUUUAUAAACAAUAAUAUUUCUACUUAUUUUCCUAGAUUAAUACUAGUUUAUUGUGCAUAUAAUCAAGUAAGAAUGAUUUAUUUUUUUCCUUACUUUUUUCUUUCAAAAUUAAUUCAUUGUUGGGUUCUGAGUAAACCUACAGGUGAACACUGUGUAAGAAUUGUGUUCUAAAAAUCCUCCUUCUGAGAAGCAGAAUUCAGAACUAGAAUAUUAUGUUGAUUAAGUGAGGAGAAGUUAUGUAGGAUGCUGUAACUUGCAGUCCAUCAUUAGAAAUGGAGUAUGUGAAAGAGGCCUUCAGCUUCAUAUUAUCAGUAAUUCAAUAAAUUUGAUUAUCUGCAAACAGA